GGCGCGGCAGUUGUGCGACAUCCGUCACUUACGGCCGGAGCGGUUCGUGCUGGGGAGUUGGUGGCGCGGUGCAGGGCUUUUAGGAACAAGCGGCUCGGGCGCGGACUGUUUUCCCGGGACUGUGGCUUGCAGGGUCCACCAUGGAGCCAGAACAGAUGCUGGAAGGACAGACGCAGGUUGCAGAAAAUCCUCACUCUGAGUACGGUCUCACAGAUAACGUCGAGAGGAUAGUAGAAAAUGAGAAGAUUAAUGCAGAAAAGUCAUCAAAACAGAAGGUGGAUCUCCAGUCUUUGCCAACUCGUGCCUACCUGGAUCAGACAGUUGUACCUAUCUUAUUACAGGGACUUGCUGUGCUUGCAAAGGAGAGUAAUUCUCACCUAAGUUCUUUCUGUGUAAGUAAAUCCAACAAGACAAUUUUUUUGUAAAUUAGGUUAAUCAACAUUUAUUAGGUGCAUAUCAUGUUUUAUUCAAAGGAUAAUAAUGAACAUUGUAGCAAACUGACAGAUUGAUAAAGAAGUUGUUGAUGGAAAUACGUCUCGUCUUACAGUAAGAGUUAUUGAUCUAGAAUAUAUUAAUUUUUUUAUGUAAAAAUUACAUCAAUAGACAAUAAAUAUUUGUUUUUGAUGUUGUAUUUAUAAAAUAGGAUUUGUUUAUGUCUGCCAGGUAUAUCUUGGCUGUACUACCAAUAACUAAAAUCUGGGCAUCUUUUUUCUUCCUGAUUCUGUUUAUUUUCUUCUUCUAAAGAAGGCUAAUGUAUUAGAAAUAGUAAAUAUUAAAAUAGUAAGUAUUACUUUAAGUGCUGAAAGAAAAAAAUUUGAAGAAAUUUUUUAGUAACAUGCUGUUAGUAAAUGCAGUUUUUAAAGUGAAGAAUCUAGAAAAAUAAUUUGUUCAAGUUAACUCUAAAUAUUAUGUGAAAAAUGUCUCUAUGUAGAUGGCUUAAAGGACUGUUUAAAGUGAUAAGGUAAUGUUUUAUCAAUUUUCAAUGUACCUUUUCAUAGUGAAGUCUAAAGUAGAUCUUUUCCCCAACUUUUUGUCUUUGGACUUGUUUUCUCAGCAAGAAUAAUUUAUAUAAAAGUGAUAGAUACGAAAUAAUACGUUUUAAUUUUGUAAAUACGUUUAGCUUCUCAGGUGUACUGUGUGGUAGCAUCAUUAGAAUUAUUGUUGGUUUAAAUUAUUUGAAGAAAGAUAUAUGUGACUUUUUAAAAAGAAACAACAACUUUUUCAAAUGAGUGUUGCUUCCUUUGAUGAGGCACUUGGGGAGUUCAUCUAUAUGUGUCAGUGAUGUGACAGCCAUUCUCGUAUAUUGUUUUUUGUACUUUUAUUGAAAGAUAAUAUAUAUACAGAAAAUUAUGCAAAUCAUAAGUGUACAGCUUGAUGAUAUUUCACAAAGCAAACAUGCCCUGUAACCUAUACUCAGAUUAAGAAACUGAACAUUGCCAGCACCCCAGAAGCCUCCUUUGUGACCCCCUUCAAGUUGUUAUUCCUCCAGACUAAUCAUCAUCCCAUUGUCAGUACAUUUGUGAAACUUGGGUUAUAGAAUUGAGUUUAUAACCAGGCUUAAGUCUUACAAAAAUUUCAGUUUCUUAGAGCUAUAUUGCUGGCUAACUUGCUUGCCUAUCUUAUUUACCUUAAUAUUUGCUACCAAUGACCUUUAACUGUAAAAUGAAAAUUGAUCUUAAAAAGAUGUGUUUUAAUUACAUAACAAUAUGUUUAAGUUAACACAUCUAGAAUAUAAAUUUCUAAACUUUGAAUUUCUUUUCCCU